AUGGUCGGUGGAUUCCGGAUAGGAAUGCACUUUCUGGCCUCAGCCCUUCGAUUUCUUGAACCAAGAGUAGACGAUGACUUUGUUGACCGUCUCCAUUACCUCUACACAUCCACAAUGGUCCUCAUGUUUGCUGUUUUGGUGUCGGCCAAACAAUAUGUCGGACAUCCGAUAGAAUGUUUUGUGCCGGCACAAUUUACGAGGGCAAUGGAACAAUAUACGGAGAAUUAUUGUUGGGUGCAGAACACUUAUUGGGUACCGUUUCAGGACCUGAUACCUCACCGACUAGACGAUCGGGAGCGUCGACAAAUAGGAUAUUAUCAAUGGGUGCCGUUUGUGUUAGCUGUAGCUGCAUUGACAUUUCACAUUCCUUCUUCGGUAUGGAGGAUGUUGGCUGGACAGAGUGGCCUCAACGCUGGAUUGGUUCUCCAACUCGUUUGCGGAGAACAGAAUGUAGAUCCAGUUGUCCGUGACAAGACUGUCGAUAUUGUCGCUCGUCACAUUGAUGAUGCUCUGAUGUACCAGAGGGAGCAUGGAGCACGGAGGAACAGUGUCUACAUAUUUGCAGUCGUGAAACUUGGAAAAUUCUAUGGAGCCUACGUGUCAACUGUCUACAUCUUUAUAAAACUACUCCAUCUGGCGAAUGUGAUUCUCCAAUUUAUGUUGCUCAACUCAUUUCUCCAAACAUCUGACUAUCCAAUGUUCGGAGCACACGUUCUCUAUGAUCUAUUCAUGGGAAGAGAAUGGAGAGAUUCUGGAAAAUUCCCUCGAGUUACACUGUGUGAUUUCGAGAUUCGAGUCCUCGGAAAUGUACACAGGCAUACUGUUCAAUGUGUGCUUGUUAUCAACAUGCUCACCGAGAAAAUAUUCAUUUUCUUGUGGCUCUGGCUCACUGUACUGGCGAUUGUGACGGCACUGAAUCUGAUAUUUUGGUUCAUUGCACUUGCUUCAAACACUUGUAAAGAGAACUUUGUGGCGAAGCAUUUGGAUAUUCAAUCGGAUCAGAUCAGUCGAUUUGUGCAUCGAUUUUUGAGAGCUGACGGGGUGUUUCUGUUGCAAAUGAUAGCUUCGCACUCUGGAAAUUUGAUGGCGGCAAAGGUAACAGAACAACUGUGGAUGAUAUUCGUUCGUCGAAGUGGAAAACCAGUGUGUGAUGAUAAGAUAGAGGAUCGUGGAUCAGUGAGAAGUACAAAUGGAAAUGACUGGGAAUCGCAGCACGAUGAGGGAAAAGCAUCGUUGAAACGUGGUGAUUCGUGGCAUGAGACGUCACUUCCUCCGCCGAUGCCUAGUCUUCCAAUUAGGACAAGAACUGAUUAUGUCUAG